AUGUCCGGAGCUGGGUAUGAUGUUGUAGUCGACGUCGACGAGGAGGGCGACCUUGGACAUACAGACCUUCAAGAGGACCUCGAAUUCCACUCGUCCAACUUCAACACCGACGCCUCCACCAGCUCAAGAAAGCUUCCUGGUUCUUCCCCAGGAUUGCCACCUCCCGCAACAACUGGAAGCGGCUCUUCCAAACGCUUCCUCUGGACCCUGUCCUUCUACGCGCAAUUCUUCGAUGUGGACACGAGCUCCGUAUUAGCAAGAUGUUGGGCGGCGUUGUACCCACGGGCGAACUUCCUCGAUGUUCUAGAGGGAAAUCCUGACCUUUAUGGGCCUAUUUGGAUUGCAACAACUGUGGUUUUCAUUUUGUUCCUUGGUGGGACAAUCAGCAAGUACUUGGCCGAGACGGGCCAAGGGCAUUUUGUGUAUGACUUCAGACUGCUAAGUGGUGCUGCUGGACUCAUCUAUGGCUACACCCUCGUCAUUCCCAUCGUCCUCUUCCUCGCCCUGAAAUACUUUGGCAGCGAAUCCGCCAACCUCCUCGAAUGCUGGGCUCUCUAUGGCUACUCGAACCUUAUCUGGAUCCCUGUUGCUCUUAUCUCAUGGUCUCCUAUUUCGAUCCUGAACUACGUCUUUGUCGGAGUUGGGUUUGGUUUGAGUGUGGCAUUCUUGCUCCGAAAUUUAUACCCCGUCUUGAGCGCUACAGAUAAGCAGACUAGCAAGAUCUUGCUCAUCUUAGUAGUGGUGUUUCAUGCAUUUCUAGCCAUUUUCAUCAAAGUUCUCUUCUUCGCACCUGCGCGGAAAACGACAGAAGACCCUACACCAGUCAAAGACGGUGAGAGUACGAGGCUAUUUAUGUUUUGAUUGAGGGGGGUUGGGAUGUAGGAUUUAGUGCAGGCUUCAGCUCGGAGCAUCCAAAACAAAUUUAUCUCUUUGCCAGAAUCUCCACGUGGUGCACUGUGCCGUAGUCUAACACUUUACCAUUAUAUCAACUCCGUGAUCAUCUCUGCUUUGUAGCCUCCCUUAAUCAAACCAGCCUUUACCUCACAGCCUCCUUCUCCCCACCCCUCUUCUCCCAAUCUAACCAACUCCCUGAAUACUCCCCCACCCUCUCCCACCCCGCCUGCCUCGCCAGCUCCGCGGCCGCCCGACUCCUCACCCCCGCC